CUGGUCAACCUCCCCUAACUCCGUGUUGAAUCUGGACGAUUUCUUUCAUUCAUUUCCCCGUGCACUUGUUCCGUUUUUAAUUAUUUUUCCUUAAAGGGAAAAAAAAAAAAAAAACACUGAAAAAACACCGUUCAUCACCCAACUUGCCAUUAUUUUAUAUCAUCGUACCGACCUUCCCUUCCAGGCAACCUCCUUUAUUCCAUUUCCCCCCAUCUCGUAUAUAAAAUGCAAACUCUCAGUCCUAAUUCCCAACUCAAAUCAAAAUUUUCUUCAGUUUCUCUCUUCUGGGUUUUACUACUUACAGUUAAUUUUACUCAAAAAUUCAAAAAUUUCAAUUUGAACAAUUCGGACAAUAUCACAAUGGUACAGCUUGACGAGGAUGCCACCGGCGACUUGGGUUUAGUCCGACCUUCGAAACCCAUAAGAAUCAGAGAAGUUUGGGCGGAUAAUCUUGAAUCGGAAUUCGAAUUGAUUCGUGAUGUUGUGGAUAGUUACCCUUUUGUUUCCAUGGAUACUGAGUUUCCCGGUGUGAUUUACAAGCCGCCGCAACCGCCGACUAAUUACCGGAGGAGGAAGCAGCAGCCGUCGGAUCUCUACAAGUAUCUGAAAGCAAACGUCGACGUUUUGCAGAUGAUCCAACUCGGGUUGACCCUCUCCGAUGCCUCCGGGAACUUACCCGAUCUGGGCUCCGACGAGUUCCAGUACAUCUGGCAGUUCAACUUCUCCGACUUCGACUACGCGCGUGACCUACACGCUCCGGACUCCAUCGAUCUCCUCACUCGCCACGGCAUCGACUUCGAGAGGAACCGGGAUUCAGGGAUCGACUCGGCCAAGUUCGCCGAGCUGGUGAUGGGUUCCGGUCUGGUCUGCAACGAGGCGGUGAGCUGGGUGACGUUUCACAGCGCGUACGAUUUCGGGUACCUGGUGAAAGUGCUCACGCGCUGCGCCUUGCCGGAGGAUCUCACCGGUUUCCUGGAGCUUUUGAGGGCUUUCUUCGGUGACAACGUUUACGACGUCAAACAUUUGAUGAGGUUCUGCGAUAGCUUGUACGGCGGUUUAGACCGGGUGGCUCAGGCGUUAGACGUGAACCGGGUAGUCGGAAAGUGCCACCAGGCCGGUUCCGAUAGCUUGCUCACGUGGCACGCGUUUCAGAAGAUUAGGGAUGUAUAUUUUGUAAAGAACGGAGGGCCGGAAAAACACGCCGGCGUCCUGUAUGGGUUGGAGGUGUAUUAACCAAUUUAAUUUAUUCAUUUAAAAAGAAUAAUUAGUUAACAAGAAUUCUUUUAUUCGAUUCUCUUUUUGAAAAUACUGGGUUUUGACUUUGGACAUUAUUUUAGCUAAAUAAUUUGUCGACAACAAAAGACGUGUUUAGUUUGAAGAAUGAGAAAUGAAGAACAAAUUGAACUUUGCUCGAUGAUUGAAGAAUAAAAUAAAAUGUUUAGGGGACAAAAUGUGGAUGAAAUCUGCUACACCCUUUCGUUCGUGCACUAUAAUGGUCACACUUCAUACACUAUUUUAAUUCUUUCUGUCCGAAAAGAUUAUUUAAUUUGGUUUCACUUUUAAUAUAUAAUUAUCUAAAAAUAAAAUUUUAAAUUAGGUAAUCAUUUUGGGAUGAAAAAAAUAUUAAAAUAAAU